AUGGCUCAACAGAUACACUCAUCAUCCUCCUCUCGGUCGAUUCCCGAUGAUCCACUAAAACCAGGAACAUUCCAAUCGCUCUUACCUCUCAUCGAUGACAUACUCGGUAUAUUACACUCCCAAGCUAUGGUGGAAGAGAGAUUGACUACUGCGCAGGCAAGUGAGGGAGUAGCAAUAAAGGCAAAACAACUUGCAUCAGCUAUCGAAACGAUGAAACUUGCAUCUAUCAGUCUACCCGGGGGACAUUUGACGAUUGAUGAAUUGAAAGUGAUAAGUGAGAGGUUGGACGAAGAGAGUGAAAAGAGAUUACAGAUCCUCAACGCAUUCAAAGACCGUCAAAUGCCUUUGAUCGAUUCACUAGCGACGGCACACAAUAUAGGGGAAGAGGAAGUAGGUAGUACAAUGCCUAGUCCGACGGGAAAGUCAUGA